AUGGCAUCAAAAAUGAAAGCAUUAGUCGUCGUUGAGGGCAAGACGGCGAAGAUCCAGGAUAUAGAUGUGCCAAAACUUGGCCAAGGAGAAAUCCUGGUCAAAGCCCACUACAUAGCUCAAAACCCAACAGAUUGGAAGAGCAUGCUGUCCGUACAUCCUGGUCGGAUAUUGGGCUGUGACUUUGCCGGUACUGUGCAAGACACAAACGGUUCCCACUGGCGAGAAGGACAGCGUAUCGCUGGUUUUGUCUUUGGAUCAUCCACCAAUCCGCCCCGAGGAGCAUUUGCUGAAUACGUCGCCACCGAGGCAAGCCUGGUAUACCUAAUCCCGGAUAAUGUCUCCUACCAAGAUGCCGCUGUGAUCCCGCUCGCCUUUGCAACUGCUGUACAAGCCAUGUUCGGGAGGCUAAAACUUCCUGAGCCGAGCAAGCCGGCUAAGACUGCAUUUCCAUUCCUCAUCAACGGGGGUACGUCAAGCGUCGGCCAGUACGCUAUCCAACUAGGAAAACUAGCCGGCGCCUUCGUGAUAGCUACCGGAUCUUCCCAGAAUCACGAGCUUCUAAAGUCGCUAGGUGCCGAUGCCGUCAUAGACUACAAGGAUCCUAGUUGGCCCGAGCAGGUUCGGAAACUCACGCACGACGGGCUCGAGUUUGCUUUCGAUUGCAUCGGCGAGAACGGCACGGUAGAGGCCGUUGCAAAGUCUCUAUCACCAACCAAAGGCGGACAUAUUGUCACUAUCCUCGCUGUAGAUAAGAUCAGGGAGAAGAUCGAGAAUAAGAAUAUCAAGCUAGAAAGCACAAUUGUCUACACCGUAUUCGGGCGUCCUAUAAAAUACGGCACCUUUGACAAUUGUGGAGAGCCAACUCCGCAAGACAAGGCCAUGUGGGAGAAGUACUUGACGAUACUCCCGGAGUUACUAUCCAGCGGUAAAAUCAAGCCCAACAAGGUGAGAGAGCUUGGUGGCUUCGAUACUAUAUUGACUGGCUUCCAAGAGCAACAAGAGAGUAAGGUCAAGGCUGAGAAGCUAGUUUAUAAGAUUUCAUAG